GCUUUUCCUCCAAAUUCCUCGCAGCAUGUCUUCAGCAUGUCCUUAUUCUGGGGUGUCCUCAUGAUGAUCGACACAGGAUCCUGGCGUGCUGUGGACAAAUCUCUGGAGAUUAAUUCCGGAGGACUAUACAGGGCAGCGACAAAUCCGAACAUGAACGAUGUUACAGCCCACCCGAGUUUGGUAAUUGCCUAUGAGGCAAUCUGACCCCUCUUGCCUUUGUCUAGUCUCCGUAGCUGACCAUAUGCCAAAUUAGGUAGGGAUGACAAUGACAGUCGAUCCCUUAUCUGCCAGCCUUUGUCGCAAUCCACGCCCGUCAUGCAUAGGCGUCUUUUCUAACAUCCAUACAAUGACUAGAAUAAGAUAUACAAGUGCGUGUGCACUGCUGAUCCCUCUUUCACGGUCAGAAUAGUCCGUAGACCCUCCCCACGAUCACGCAAUGGAUAAUUCACUUCUUCAUCCGGAUGCUCCGCAUGGAGAGAAGUGCGAUCUCUGAACACCAUAUAUACAGAAAGCAUUGUUUCCGUCGCUAAGGCGUAGCUACGGAAGGGGUUCUCGGCUUCUACAUGUUCACCGUUGUUUCUUCAACAGCACAUCAUUUCUAACGGAAGAGAACAAGGCAACGAGCAGAAUUUAUCCCAGUGCGUAUUUCUCCAGAUGACACCACCUCGCGUAAGGCCAUCCAUGUUUUCACGUCUUACACAAUUAUGUACUCCUCCGCAGCCGCUCCUCCAAUUUUUUCAUGCAUAUGGGUUACUUACUCCGUUUAAGCUCUUGCAGGACGCAUUAAUGAGAUGAUGGUUUCGCUCUUAGACCUCAAGGAGCGCCUUCUUGAACCUCGUGCCCACCAUGUUUUCGCCUUUACGGGCUGGGUUAUUAAACUCAUCGCCCUUUUCAAAGUACGCUCGAUAUACCUGGCCGUCGCCUGCUUGUUUCGCAAACUCGUUUCUAUUUGCCCCCACGAUGAACCUGCGUCCUUCAAGUAGGCCACGCAUUCCGCCUAUAUCAACCGAAGAUUUGUUGGAUGAGUGUCCCUGAACCUGCACGUUGCAAGACAAUUACCCUUAGUCGAAGCGACAUUGGGCAAGUUCGAACACCUGCAAACCUACGGUUAUGCUAGUUCCAAGAGACUUCAGUGGAGACAGAGUUGGUCGCACCGAAUCCUUCCAGCCAGAAAAUAAUGACUAUUCAAUGAAGCCGCAAGAGACAUUGUCUUCUACAACGAACAACUCGAAUCGGCCAGGAGUGCUAAUUUUCCCUCCGAGUGCGAUUCUCCGCGGUGCAGAGCAUCCUCCUGGAGUGUUCAGGGACUCUCGCCGCUUUGCGGUCUACGGGUUAGCUGUGACACCCUCGUGGCUUUCACGAUAUGAGGAGAAGAAGAAAGCCGACGGGGAAAACACUGAGAACCUCAAUGUUUUCAAGUUCGUCAAUUCCAAAGUAGGACUUGAACAUCGUUGUUAUAAAGCACAUGAAGUUGAUACCGGCAAGGUGUCUUGUAUCGAGGAGUUUGAUAGGCAUUUGAGCCAAGAUGAGUCAUUUGUCUUCGAUCCUUUUGUCUUCAUUUCUGGGACGAAUGACACGGAGGAGACCCACCCUUGCUCAAGCAAUGAAUCCCGCCGACGUUGAGAAAGUGAAAGAGGUCCUGGGCAUAUGGGACAAGGAGCUCUAUUGGUUUACACCAAGCUUCGCCAUGUACUGGUAACUGUUACAUUCCGAAAUCUAUCCAGGUCUUGAAAGCAAUUACUUUCGGACUUGAAUUUAGCCCUGUUGUGCAAGAGCUUCGUUCACACUCAGACUUGGCAGGAUUGCCGAACUAUCUUCCACUUCACUAUUCUCGCACAAAGCAUCUUCAUAAUGACAUAAAUACAUCGAUGUCUAUGAAGUGUAUGAUUUGUAUGCUUUGUAACCGCGAUCGAUGCUGCUAAGGUCCAAUGACUCAAUCCCAUGAUAGCCUUGUCCGGCGCUGAUCGAUAGAU